GACUGGAGAAGACAUUGGCGGCAAUGCCGAAGAUAGCAGCGGUGAGGAAGCGCAGGGAGGAUUACUUUAUCAAGGACAGGAUACUGAGCGGGCAGGAGGCAAACAGGCAGAGCGAUCUGGAGUACAUUGAGAGGCACAAGCAGCUGCUGUGUGAAGAGACUGACGGUGAAAGAGAUGCAGUGAGGAGUGUGAGGAAGAAGGAGGCACAAAUGAACUGA